AGUGAGUUUUCUUUCUUUAAGCUCUGUCUCCGAGAUUCACCUUCCAUCACUUCUUCCCUUGUCUUUCAGGCUAUCAAACUUCUUUAACCUGCAGUUCGAUCAUUGCCUUGGGCAAAAUUAACUGCGAAGAACUCAGUUUUCAACAAUAAUCUUAUGAUGAGCCAAGGAAAAAGAGUUCUCAUCUUCGGGCCUCAGGCACUGUCCUCUCAUGGGUCUGGAUUCCGGGCGGUUCAGGGCACGGCAAAGCAGCUGCAGUGGAUAGUUGAUACGAUAACCAGCCUUCCAAACUAUUGGUCAGAAUUUGUGGAAAGAUUCCCUAAAUACAAAGUUAUCAACGGGUCGAAAUUACUCCAAUGCCUCAUCGACUGGGUUCAAACGGGGAAGCUUGACUUUACCGACAGCGAGCAUCUCCCUAAUAUCAUUCUGAGCCCACUCGUCAUCAUCACACAUAUCACAGAAUAUAUCAGCUACCUUGAUUCCACAGCCUCGAGUACUGUUCUUGAGCGUUCCACGGAAACAUUGGGCUUUUGUAUGGGAUUUAUCAGUGCCCUAGCUGUAUCAAUUAGCAGAGAUCGUCGAGAUAUCGAAAGCUAUGGAUCCACCGCAAUUCGACUCGCGAUGAUAAUUGGAGGAAUAGUCGAUACUCAAGACAUUGUCAACACUAAUGGUGUGUCUAAGUCGCUGGCGACCGCCUGGAAUACCCCCACAGCAGGCGACGAGUUGAGGGAGAUAAUCAAGAAGUACCCUGAGGCAUAUAUUUCGGUGUCAUAUGACGAUCAAAGAGCCACCAUAACCACGUCAGCGGAAAGAAUCGUCACGCUACAACAGGAACUGCGGAGCGCAGGAAUAGUCGCUACCGAAAUUGGCCUUUAUGGUCGUUUUCACUACAAGGGCUAUACAGGUGACGUUGACGAAAUAAUUGAGUUUUGUGAAUCAAAUCCGGGCCUUCUACUCCCUGACGCAUCUCGUCUUAUUUACCGCACGAGGUCGAACUCAGGCGGUGGACUGCUCACUGAGGGCAGACUUCAUGCACACGCUUUAAAGACCAUUCUGCUUGACCACUCCCAGUGGUACCAGACCGUCAAAGAGAUUAACAACUCAGAGCUAAAAGACCAAGACGCUGUUGUUGUUUCCUUUGGACCAGAACCUUGUGUUCCCCCUUCGAUCUUGCGUGAAAUCAAAUCGAAGGUGGUUCAUGUGUCAGAUAUUAAAAAUCGAUCAUCUAAGUUUGCUCUCAAUAAUACCCCAUUUAUUAGAAAAAAUGACGACAUAGCUGUCGUGGGUAUGUCGAUUAAAGUUGCAGGGGCGGAUGAUGUUGAUGAAUUCUGGGAUUUACUUUGUGAAGCCAAGUCCCAGCACAAGGAGGCCCCCCGGAACCGCGUUCAGUUUGCCAAAUGGAGAGAGGUUGAUCCACAGAGAAAGUACUUUGGUAAUUUUCUGAACGAUCAUGAUGUUUUUGAUCAAAAGUUCUUCAAAAAGAGUGCUCGGGAGGCGGCGUCUACCGACCCACAGCAAAGGAUAUUACUACAUGUCGCAUACAAGGCGCUAGAACAAGCUGGAUACUUCACCUCGCCGGAACAGGAUAAAAAUAUCGGAUGUUUCAUUGGUGAAUGUGCAGCUGACUACGCGGACAACGUCGCAUGUUAUCAACCCAACGCCUUUACUGCAACCGGGAAUCUAAAAAGCUUCAUAGCUGGCAAAGUUAGUCACUAUUUUGGCUGGACUGGUACGGGUCUUACUAUCGACACAGCCUGUUCCUCAUCACUGGUUGCCGUUCAUCUAGCAUGUAAAGCGAUACUGAGCGGCGAAUGUAACGCUGCUCUGGCGGGCGGUGUAAAUAUGAUGAAUAGUCCUCUUUGGUUCCAGAAUCUGGCUGCUGCAUCGUUUUUGAGUCCAACAGGUCAAUGCAAACCUUUCGAUGCUAACGCAGACGGCUACUGUCGGGGUGAAGGCAUUGCUGUUGUGUUUCUGAAAAAGAUGUCAGACGCCAUCAGAAAUGGGGAUCAAAUCUUAGGAACAAUUUCAAGCACCGGAGUAUCCCAGAACCAAAAUUGCACGCCGAUAUUUGUCCCAAAUGCUCCUUCCCUCUCGUCUCUGUUCCGCAAUGUGAUACGCGAUGCUAAAGUUGAUGCAAGCCAAAUAUCUGUGGUAGAAGCGCAUGGUACAGGCACACAAGUUGGGGACCCGGCAGAAUAUGACAGUAUUCGUCAGGUUCUAGGAGGAUCAAAGCUACGCUCGAAGCCACUUGCAUUUGGGUCUGUUAAAGGGCUCGUGGGCCAUACAGAGGCAACGUCCGGUGUGGUUUCCUUGAUCAAAACAUUACUUAUGAUCCAAAACAAAAUCAUUCCAGCACAGCCAAGCUUUGAGACCCAAAAUCCGCAUCUCAAUGCCACCGCGGAUGACAACAUGGAAAUAGUGACUAAGAUGAGGGACUGGACAGACAAGUACAGGGUAGCUCUGAUUAACAACUACGGUGCAUCCGGUUCCAAUGCCUCCGCUGUGGUCUCCGAAGCCCCUCAUUUGACUGGGUCCAACGAAAGUACCCGUGAGGCUCCCGUGAUUGACUACCCCUUCAAAUUAUAUGGGAAAGAUGAGCGUGCAUUGAAAGAAUAUAGCAGAAGGCUUCGGAAAUGGUUAACUACCAACAACCGAGCAGAAACAGAAAUAUCGAACCUGGCAUUCAAUAUUAACAGGCAAUCCAAUCCCACAUUGGAACGCUCCCUCAUCUUCACUAGCCGAUCAGGUAAACAAUUGGCGGAGAAACUCGGUGUUAUUGAAAAUGGCGAUUUGACCAGUGCAGGGACGGUCAUCCAGCCAACUAUAAGGCCUAUUAUCCUAUGUUUUGGAGGUCAGGUAUCUACAUUCGUCGGGCUCAGUAAGGAGGUGUUUAACAAUGCCACUGUCUUGGCAAAGUACCUCAACGAAUGUGACUCGAUAUGCAGAUCAAUUGGUUGUGAAAGCAUCUUCCCAGGAAUAUUUGAGCGAAACUCCGUAGAGGACACGGUCAAACUUCAGCUGAUGCUGUUUGCGACACAGUUUGCCUGUGCCAAAAGUUGGAUUGAGUGCGGCAUUCAACCCGCAGCUGUGGUCGGGCAUAGUUUUGGAGAGUUGACUGCGUUGUGCAUCUCUGGUGGUAUUUCGCUUAAACAUGCAAUCGAAAUGAUUGCUGGUCGUGCAAAAAUUAUCAAGCAAAGCUGGGGUAGCGAGAAGGGGGGCAUGGUGGCUGUCGAGGCUUAUCAAGAUGAGGUAGAAAAAAUCUUAUCCGUAUCAGCAGAGGCUUGCGCCGAAGAAGGGGAGGAAGCACCUACAAUUGCCUGUCUUAAUGGGCCCCGAAGUUUCACUCUGGCUGGAUCUUCUCGUAGCAUCGACAUUACUACAGAGACCAUCUCCAAGAACCCUACAUACUCCAAGCUCAGAUUCAAAAGGCUAAAUGUCACUAAUGCCUUCCAUUCUACUUUAGUCCAGCCUUUGAUGAAAGACUUAAUGAAGAUUGGAGAAAGCAUUCAAUUCAAUGAGCCAAUCAUUCCUCUGGAAAGAGCGACCGAGUUUUCUUCCACAGAACCUUUGACUGCACGAUAUGUUGCUGAUCAUAUGCGAAACCCGGUUUUCUUCAGCCAGGCUAUUCAUCGGCUUUCCAAAAAGUAUUCAAAUGCCAUUUUCCUAGAGGCUGGGUCAAAUUCCACUAUUACCAAUAUGGCCAGCAGAGCUCUUGGUUCACCUGCGCAGUUUCAUUUUCAGCCAAUGAAUCUGACCGCCGAUAGUGCAUUGCAGCUUUUGGUCGACUCAACUGUUUCUCUCUGGAAACAAGGAGCUACCGUGACAUUUUGGGGUCAUCAUAGAUGCCAAACUUACGAAUAUUCGCCACUUAUGAUACCGGGAUACCAAUUUGAAAAGUCUCGACACUGGAUGGAACCUGUGCCUGCACCCAUUUCAACAACUGGGCCAGUCGUUGCACAGGUGACGGGAGAACCAAAGGGCCUCUGGAGUUUUGUUGGGUAUCAAGACGACAGCAAACGCUCCGCCCGGUUCAGUAUCAACACAACGACAGAGAAAUACUUAGAGUUUGUUUCCGGUCAUAUAAUUGCAAAUACAGCACCAAUAUGUCCAGCUACCGUUGAAGUAGAUAUUGCGGUUGAGUCACUCAUCAGCCUCUAUCCCGAUUUUGGGGCAUCCGGUCUCGAACCAAGAAUUUGCAAUGUUGAUAACCAGUCACCAAUAUGUAUUGAUCAAUCGCGAUCUGUCUGGCUGGACGUUCAAUCAGAGGAAUCUGACCCUCACCUAUGGGAUUGGAAGAUAAUCAGCGACAACGGUUCGCCGAAGAACAGUACCGUACAUGUGACGGGCAAGAUCAUCUUUGUCCCUGUUGAUAACCACGAAUGGCGUCUUGAAUUCUCGAGAUAUGAACGUUUGGUUGGUCAUCAACGUUGUCUCAGCAUCCUCAACAGUGAUGAUGCAGAUGAUAUCAUUCAAGGCCGAAAUAUCUACAGAACAUUUGGGGAGGUCGUUGACUAUUCGAACCCAUACCGUGGCUUGCAGAAGCUAGUAGGUAAAGGGACUGAAUCGGCGGGUCGUGUCACCAAGAAGUAUCAGGGGGAAACGUGGCUAGACCCAUUGCUAUCUGAUGCCUUUAGCCAGGUUGGUGGAAUCUGGGUCAAUUGCAUGACUGAGAAAGACCCUGGAGACAUGUAUAUCGCUACUGGUUUCGAGAAAUGGAUGAGAAGCCCGGAUGUCCGUGCAGAUUACAAACGACCGGCUGUAUGGGACGUUUUUGCUUACCAUCAAGAGCUACCGUCGGAGCACUCUUACCUCACUGACAUCUUUAUAUUUGACUCUACCAAUGGCAAGCUGAUGGAGGUCAUUCUCGGUGUUAACUAUCAUAAAGUGGCUAAGGCAACAAUGAGUAAAAUUCUUGCACGGUUAUCCGGGUUACCAUCAAAGACGGUCACAUCUGCCCAGGUUCAAUUUGACUCGGCCACAGCAAAUCGUAGUCAUGAAAACCAAGCGUCCGGACCUAACAAACACGAAAAGGAAAAGAAAGCGAAGCCAUCCGCCGCACAGGAUGUUGUUGUCAAGGUCAGAGCUCUACUCGCAGAGAUCUCAGGAAUGGAACCGCACGAGAUUAGUGAUGAUGCCCAGCUAGCAGAUAUCGGUAUCGAUUCUCUUAUGGGGAUGGAACUGGCUCGCGAGCUUGAGGGGAUGUUCAAGUGCACUCUGCCAAGCGAUGAGCUGAUGAAUGUUACCAGCUUCAACGAGCUCCUCAAAGUUGUGAAAGACACAUUAGGUGUGGAGGUGGCAGAAGAUGGGUUAGAACAGGAGUCGGAGGGCAGCCAGAGCGAAGACGAAUCUAUAUUUACUCCUUCAUCUGCUACAUCGGUAUCAGAUUUAGAGGACCCCAAGAAUGUUAAGUCUUCACAGUAUGCGACAAAUUCUUUCUCUGAUAGUCUUGAAUUGCCAUCGAAGACAAUUAUCGAAGCAUUCGAGGAAUCCAGAAAACUCACAGAUAAGUUUAUCGACGAUUACAGAUGCGCCGGGUAUAUGGAAAUAGUGUUACCCAGACAAACCCAGCUCUGCGUUGCACUUACGGUGGAAGCUUUUGACCAAACUGGUUGCCCUCUUCGCACUUCAAAAGCUGGAGAGAUUCUAGAACGCAUUUCUCACAUGCCUGAGCAUCAGAGGCUGGUGGACUAUCUUUAUAAAAUGCUUGAAGAAGCUCGAUUGGUUAAUUUGAGCGACUCAAAGAUCACCCGCACAGCCAUUUCAACCCCUUCGAAAUCUAGUGAAGCCAUUUUAGACCAGCUUUUGCGCGAUUUUCCCGAUCAUGAAUGGGCGAACAGAUUGACUUACUUUGCUGGAAGCCGGCUUGCUGACGUCCUUAAAGGUAACUGUGACGGCAUUAAGCUCAUUUUUGGAAGCGACGAAGGCCGGCGCCUGGUAACUGGAUUGUACGGGGAUUCCCUACUCAAUAAGUUGGCCAAUGUUCAAAUGCAGGACAUGGUUGAACGGGUGGCGUCCAGAAUUCCUAAGGACAAAGGUCCCUUAAAGAUACUUGAGUUGGGUGCCGGUACCGGUGGGACAACUAAGGGCAUGGUGGCUCUUCUUUCUAAACUAAACAUUCCUGUCGAAUAUACUUUCACAGAUCUCGCAGGCUCUUUCGUAGCUGCGGCUCGAAAGACAUUCAAAGAGUACCCGUUCAUGAAGUAUCGAGUUCAUGACAUUGAAAAGCCGCCUGCUAAUGACCUUAUUGGCACUCAACAUAUCAUUAUUGCAAGUAAUGCGAUCCAUGCUACUCACAACUUGAUGAAGUCCACAGAGAAUGUCCGAAAGGCCUUGCGAUCAGAUGGAUUUCUAAUGAUGCUUGAAAUGACCUCGCCAGUUUUCUGGGUGGAUCUCAUUUUUGGUUUGUUUGAAGGUUGGUGGUUGUUUGAUGACGGACGACAACAUGCUAUCGCCCAUCAGACCGUGUGGGAGCGUGGUCUAAAGUCAGUGGGAUACGGACAUGUUGACUGGACAGAUGGAAACAGUCCAGAACUCGAUAUUCAGCGGGUUAUUAUAGCUCUAGCCUCAGGGCCCCAGUUUGACAGACAACCAGUCCCACCAUUACCGAAGCCUGAGAUUCAACUUGAGGUAGGCAGUGAGCGCAAGGCAGCCAUUAAGGGGUACAUUAGCAAAUACUCCGAGGGUUUCAAUAUUCAAGCACCCUCGGGUAAGAUAACAUCCAACGACGAUAAGUGUGUAUUGAUCACGGGGGGUAGCGGGAGCCUAGGGUCUCACAUUGUCUCUCACAUAGCGACUAUUACAAACGUUAAAAAGAUAAUAUGUCUCAAUCGUCGCAGCACCACAGAGCGGAACCCAGAGGCACGUCAGUUCAAGGCUAUGAAGGAUAGAGGACUUCUUCUGGAUGAGACUUCUCAAUGUAAAGUGCAAGUCUUACAAACUAUCACAUCCAAACCAAUGUUGGGCCUACAAAGCAGUGAGUACGAAGAGCUUCUUAGCAGUGUGACUCACAUUGUGCAUAACGCUUGGCCGAUGACCGGUAAGAGGCCGGUGUCAGGUUUAGAAACCCAAUUCCAAGUGAUCCGCAAUCUUAUAGAUCUUGCACGGGACAUUUCAUCACGACGUGAGAAAGGUUUCAAGGUUACCUUCCAACUGAUUUCCUCUAUUGCUGUCGUCGGUCACUAUCCUCUCUGGAGCGGCAACGUGGUCGUGCCAGAAGAGCGGGUUUCUCUUAAUUCCGUCUUACCUAAUGGCUACGGCGACGCGAAAUUUGUUUGUGAAAGAAUUCUAGAUGAAACACUUCACAACUAUCCAGAGCAAUUCCGUGUCAUGUCAGUGCGGCCCGGUCAAAUUGCUGGAUCCAAGAUCACUGGUUACUGGAAUCCAAUGGAACAUCUAUCAUUCUUAUUCAAAUCCUCUCAAACAUUGAAAGCGUUGCCCGACUUUAAUGGCGACCUCUGCUGGACUCCGGUGGAUGAUGUUGCAGGAACAUGCAGCGACCUUCUGCUGUCCGACCGAAUGCCUUACCCAGUCUACCAUGUUGAUAAUCCCGUUCGCCAACCCUGGAGGGAGAUGAUACCUGUUCUAGCAGAUGCUCUUGAUAUUCCACGUACAAACAUCUUUCCUUUCAAGGAAUGGGUACGUAAGGUACGAUCAUUUCCUGGUUCGACGGAGUGGGAUAAUCCUGCUGCCAUGCUCAUCGAUUUCCUUGACGACAAUUUCUUACGCAUGUCUUGCGGCGGCCUGCUUUUGGAUACUGCCAAGAGCUGCGAACAUUCAUCCACACUUGCAAGAGUCACGCCAGUUAGUGCGGAAGUUACGAAGAAGUUCAUCCAAAGGUGGAAGGAUACAGGAUUUUUAAACUAAAAUUACAAUUCAUUCUUAUGGACGCAGAAAAUUGUGCGAGGGUAAAGCAAAUCGCUACAAGUCACCCAAUCGGUUCCCAUAAUUUCAAUGUUGCUACUCGCAAAACAUGCUAGACAGAAUUUGUUUGUUUUAUUCAUUAUUUUGAAUUUGUCUUUCUUUCAGUAUGCUACCUUUAAUUUUGUGUAUUGAUCUUUCAGUCCUUCGCGCUUGUACGUAUAAAUCACGUUUUCGGUUCUGUUAGCGCUUCUGUUCCUCUAUCUUUUCUAUCACCUAGUACCAGCAUAACCUACCAUACAGUCACUGGUGUAUGGCGUAAUUUUAUAUAAUAUAUGAAGAUCUAGAGGUG